UGUUACUUGUUUUUCCUGGUUUACUGGUUAAAGUGUAAAUUGAUACAUUGAUUAUCAACGUUUGAAUAAUUGAUCAGCAUUGAAAUUGAAUAGAUUGGUGAUUAAAGAUGAGAAGACAAUUCGACAUUUUCUUAUUUUCUUUCAAAGAUGGCGUUUGCUGGUAACAGUAACAGUGUACUGUGUAGUGUGUAGUGACUACACUUUAGUUGAGCUACAGUAGUUGAUCUGAUUAGGUUGCCUUUGGUUGUGCGCAUAAACCCAUCCCAGUGAAAAGUUUACCCAAAGUAAUGUUAAUAGAUCGAGAGUCAGUUUGACUUUUGAGGCGAGACACACGACUGUCGGUGUUACAUAGAGUUAACUUUUACUCGCCUUUAUGUCUUCAGACAAUUAUUAUAUAACUUUAUUGUACAAUCUUUUUAACUUAAUGCUGUUGGCCUCAUCACCAAGUCAAUGCCAUGUAAAUGAGGGCCAUGCUUACCUAGCAUCAAGCCUGAACGAUAACAAUCAAAAAUGUCCUCAAGGUUUUCCUAGUGAAUUAGAUGCUGCUUCAAAGGCUUACCUUUCACCAAUUGUCUUCAAUGGUAAAUUGGUUUCCCUCUCAGAGGAUUACGGUGGUAAAAUUGCGGCCACUUUUCGUAUCCGUAAACUAAUCAAAAACACUUCAUCUUCCAGAUCAUUGACUGGAUCACCAACUUCCGAUACUGUUUCAGUAGACUUAAUUUCGGGUUCAAAAGUAACUCUUUAUUUUGUGCGAACCAAAAAGGGUAAAUCAGUUCCUCCUUACUGUCCAGUUCAUCUAAAUGAAACCUCAAUUGGACAUUUAAGGCCACAACAGAGAUACUUUGUGUUUGCUGCAGCACCUUUAAAAUCUUUAGUUUUACUUCAAAAACAGCAAUUUGCUGAUAGUGAUUGUUCCAAUUUAAGGACUUCUAAGUCAUCCAGUUCAUCCUCACCAUUAACAUUAUCAUCAACCUCAUCAUCAACCUCAUCAUCAUCAUCACUGUGUUUUAAUUAUUUAACUUCAUUAACAUCUCCUGAGCUUCACAAUAAACGAUCAGCUCGAGCUGUUCGUAAAAUAUUAUCGGAUCCAAAUUGGGCCCGCGCACCGGAAGUUAAAGGUCUUAAUGGUGAUCUAAAAAUACAAUUAAAGAGCAAAUUGCGCCUUAAAUGCAAAGUAAACGGUAACCCUUUACCAUGGAUUGAAUGGUUUAAGAAUGGUAAAAGCUUGAAAAGCAAAGGACGCAUUAGUAUUAGAUCUUUAAGAAGGGAUGUAUCUUUAUUAGAAAUUAAACCAGUUUUGCCAAUGGACACUGGAUAUUAUGAAUGUAAAGCAAUAAAUGUGAUUGCCCAUGAACCUUCCAUUGGUAAAGUACGUGUCAUUGUUACUUCACUUCAUCGAAACCGUACAUUGUCAUUAACACCAUCAUCUUCACAAGUAUCAACUCAACAACCUUCUCAACUAUCAUCUUUAUCUUCACCACCAUCGACCUUCUCGUCUAAAACAUCCUUUAAACUUUCACCGUCCAAAGUACCACCUUACUUGGGCUCUUCAUUGUCAUCCCAAUUGCCGUCACAAUUGUCAUCACACUCAUCCUCCCUAUCACCAGGCCAAUCAACAUCAACACCAUCAUCAACACUUUCCUCAUCACCUUCUUCUUCUUCCUUCUCCUCCUUACCUCUCUCACCAUCAUCAUCAACAACACCAUCGUCAUCCGACCUAGCCAAUCCUUGGCAUGCCAAAGGUCGGCCCUGUCCACACAAUGCUUAUUGUCUCAAUGGAGGAACUUGUACUUUCUACGAGAGUGUCGGUGAAUACGCUUGCCAAUGCGCUGAGGGAUUUAGGGGCCAACGUUGUGAAAAUAAGCACGUCUUCAGUUUCUUUGGAUCUGUGCAGAAGGAUUUAUGGGGCUUCGAUGCAAUUUCAAAAAUGCUUCUGUAAAAGGCAGAAAUAGUGGAUAAUUAUUGAUUUGAUAUUAAAUUAAAUUAUAACUCUCAUGUUAACCUGAUGUUUUGUUUUCUUUUUCUGCUUUUCAAUACUCAACCAAAUUGGAAAAUUAAAUUGAACUCAGUGAUUUUUUUGUCUUUGCUCAACAAUUAAACAAUCAUUCAAUGAUGAUCAACCAAAGCAAAUUUAAAUUCAUUUGUUUACCAAUUUGUUCACCUGGUUGAGUUCAACAUCUCAUCAUCAAUCAAUCUACCAAAAUUAACCAUUAAAAUUACCAUCGAAAGUUAUCUCAUUUGAAACAAUCACCGAAAUCAUCAUGAACCACCAAAAUCAACC